UCAAACUUUUAUAAAUAAUAAUCCGUUAGAAAUUCAAACGGCAAUAUUUCUUUCUUGAAGUUGUGUCACUUUCAAAACAAUAUUUUGGUAGUUAUUUCAAAAAAACAUUAUAACAUGGCUGGUGUUCAACGAAGAAUAAUGAUAUCUCGAAAUGAGGAAAAUCUUAACAAUAAAGGAAUUGGAUCCAAAAAUGUCCUUGGCGGUAAAAUUUCAAACUCCAGAACCGUACUCUCAAAUAUCUCAAAUAUACAAAGAAGACCUCAAGUUGUUGGAAAAAUAAAAAAAGAAGAUGGAGUCGCACUAGAGGAAAAGGCUCCUUUAAAUAAAGGUUUAGGGAGAAUGGUUUCACAAUCUAAUCUUAUUAGUGAUGUUCAGCUAAAAACUACAAAAAUCAUUCCUGCUUACCAAGAUAUUGCUGAUGUUGAAGUUCCGAUAAAUGCUAUGAUAAACUCCUUUACAGAGUUGGAGGUAGAUGAUAUUGAUCUUGAGGACUUAGGAAAUCCUACUCUUUGUGCUGAAUAUGUAAAAGAUAUAUACAAGUAUAUGAAUAAACUAGAACGAAGAUUAGUGCCCAGUGACUAUAUGGCUCAUCAAGCUGAAAUAAAUUUUAAAAUGAGAAGCAUAUUGGUUGACUGGCUCAUUCAGGUGCAAUCAAGAUUUAAUCUUUUGCAAGAAACUUUAUACCUUACUAUCUAUAUUAUAGAUAGAUAUCUAAGUAAACAAAAUGUUAAGCGUGCGGAACUUCAAUUGGUUGGUGUGACAGCAAUGUUAAUUGCAUCAAAAUAUGAAGAAAUGUAUGCUCCUGAAAUUGGAGAUUUUGUUUAUAUAACUGACAAUGCUUAUUCUAAAGAAAAAAUUCGUCAGAUGGAACAAAAAAUGCUAAAAACUUGUGAAUAUGAUUUCAGUAAUCCAUUAUGUUUGCAUUUUCUGCGAAGAAAUUCAAAAGCUGGAGCUGUCGAUGCACAAAAACAUACUUUAGCUAAAUAUCUAAUGGAGUUAACACUUGUGGAAUAUGAGUUUAUUACUAAACUACCCUCUGAAAUUGCAGCUGCAGCAUUAUAUUUAGCAUUAAAGCUAAUAGAUGAUUCAAAUUGGACACCAACAUUAGCGCAUUACAGUGGUUAUACAGAGGAUGAAAUAUUAUCUACUGUUAGUAAACUUUCGAUUUUAACUCUUUCUAUGGACAAUUCCAAAUAUCAAGCCGUUAAAAAUAAAUACUCUGCCAGUAAAUUCUUACGUAUUAGUCAUAUACCUCAGCUUAAAGGACACAUUCUGAGUAAAUUUGCGGAAAGAAAUUAGGUUUAUACAUAUUAAUAAUCUAUUUCCUUGUAAAUAUUAAAGGCCCGUGGUGCUGUUUUAAUUUUUUGGUUUUGUAAAUAAAUUAAUGCUGCUAACCGAAUUUUUAAGUUAUCUUUUCUUUGUCGCUCGAAAAAUAAUUUUUGAUUUUAUUUCAAAACGUAUUUAAUGACUCUUUUUGUAUACCAUAAGUAUAUUUUAUUUGAGCUAUUGUAACAUCAUUAGAUACUAUUGAUGAGAUUUAUUUUGUAAGUAGUUUUUCAGAAAAGAUAUUUUACUGAGUUUUUA